AUGGGUUGGGAAAGGAACAAGCAGCCUCAUGGCCAUCCUCUGAGGUUUCCCAUGCCCCAGAUGGAGAUACCGGCAUUUGAAGGGGAUGAAGAGGACCCAGGGAAAGCAGAGGGAGAGGACAAUGGGGAGGAUGGAGAGGAAGAUAAUGGGGUGAUCUCAAUUCAUGCUUUGAAGAAGUUUGUGAAAGACUAUGGGGCCAUCAGUAAGCCCCUAACAGACCUCUUGAAGAAAGGGGGAUUCAAUUGGGGGCCCUUAACUAAAGAGGCUUUUAAGAAGCUGAAGGGGGCCAUGAGCAGGGUGCCAGUCCUAGGGCUGCCCGACUUUACAAAACCUUUUGUUCUAGAAACCGAUGCAAGUGGAACGGGCAUUGGGGCAAUGUUGGUACAGGAAAGACGACCAUUAGCAUUUUUGAGUUAA